AAGUAGGAGGGAAAAGGGACAGGUGUUCUGACACAGGUAGACCCAUAUUUGUGCACGCGCCUGCAAAUCAGUAUUGCCAAAUAAUCUGUAGUCUAUGCUUUUGAUGCACCAGGUUUAUUUUCAGCACUUCAGCACCUGCGUGUAUGGACAGCUCCCCUCCCCAUGUCUAUUUUUGAGGAACGCAAGUAGUGGGAUAGAGUGGUCUGUUGAACUGUAGCUGCAGAACCUAUUUCACCAACCUCCGAGCCCGACAAGGAUUGGACAUUGGAUAAUUUGGGAAACUCCCAUGGAUAUUGACAUAUACAAAAAGAAAACUGAGUGAAAGAUGGAUCAACCGAAACGCGGAAAUUGUUGUAGGCCUACUUUGGAGACGAAUACGUAAUUUUGGUUUUCAAAUAUUUUUGAUGCUGCGGUAACUGAAGAUAAUACAUAUAUUUCAUUGCAUGGCGGCUUAGCUGAUCAAUUGGAAUAGACGACAUUGUAUCAGAGAGAAAGUGUGCUUUGUGGCAUAUUGUGAGGAAUGCGCGCAUUCCAAGUGAGUUGAGCGUUAAACAAGGAUGUCUGGCAAUUUGUCCGUCCUGAGGCCUCCAUUAGUGGGUGCCACCGGGUCAAUGCAACCCGCCCUCUCAAACAUGUCCCAGUUUCCCCCUCUGGUUGACUGGGAGACACCCACCUUCACCCGCGCUGCCCAAUUCCGUGUCGGCGCCACCUUAAUCCUCUUCCUAUUUGCUGCCUGCAGCAACCUAGCAUUAUUGGUCAGUGUGUGCCGGGGGCGUGGCCGGCGCCUGGCUUCUCACCUGCGACCACUCAUCAUGAGCCUGGCCGCCGCCGACCUGAUGAUGACCUUUGUGGUGAUGCCACUGGACACCAUUUGGAACAUCACGGUGCAGUGGUAUGGCGGAGACGCCAUGUGUAAGAUGCUAUGUUUCCUCAAGCUGUUUGCCAUGCACUCGUCAGCCUUCAUCCUGGUGGUGGUCAGUCUGGACAGGCACCACGCCAUCCUGCACCCGCUGGAAUCACUCAACUCCCACCACCGGAACAAGAGGAUGCUGGGUCUGGCCUGGGGCCUCAGCGUGCUUCUGGCCCUACCACAGCUGUUCAUCUUCCGGGCCAUCAAGGCCGAGGGCGUAGACUUCACCCAGUGUGUGACCCAUGGCAGCUUCAAAGAGCGAUGGCAGGAGACAGUCUACAACAUGUUCUACUUCGUCACUCUCUACGUGUUCCCCCUGCUGGUCAUGAGCUUCUGCUACACACGCAUCCUCAUUGAGAUCAAUCAGCAACUCCACAGGAACAAAGCUGGUGAGUCCUGCCUGAGACGCAGUGGCACAGACAUGAUCCCCAAAGCGCGAAUGAAGACUCUAAAGAUGACCAUCAUCAUUGUGAUGUCCUUUGUGGUCUGCUGGACGCCCUACUACCUCCUGGGUAUCUGGUACUGGUUCCAGCCGGAGAUGCUGCAGGUCACGCCUGAAUACAUCCACCACGCCCUGUUUGUCUUCGGCAACCUGAACACAUGUUUUGACCCGGUCAUCUAUGGCUUCUACAUGCCCUCGUUCCGGGCCGACCUGGCCAUGUGCUGGUGCUAUAGAAGAAGGGACAUUAAUAUGUCGCCCAGGUCUCUGGACCGCCUGUCCGCCCACCAGGGCCCCCACAGUGGAGUGCAGGACUCUGACGGCCCCGGUGUGGAACAGACCAAAGAGACUGGAGGUGACGGUAGAUGACUGGCACUGACAGUAAGUACAUCUGUAAGGUUGGAGGGCUGAGGGAGAGCAGACCUGGAAAUGAGCGCUACUAAGGAGCAUGUAGACCGACCUACUUAUUCUGUGAGGUGAAGACAGUGACAGGCUAAACAGCACAACCAAAAUGUCUCCCCUCUGAUUGUACGCCCAUCUUUGACAUUUUGAGGACAUUGUUGAAGCAUGGGAGGAGGCACUUGAGUUAGGGGUCAAGCCCAAACUGAGAUGAAAGGGAUAGAUGGAUAAAGAGACAAAACUAUCUUGGAAGCCAAGGUAAGCCAAAGACAUGUUUUCUGGGCCUAAUCUUCAGCGUUAAGCACCAUGGCUAAGGCAGUUCAGAGGUAGACUUGGGAGCCACCCUGAUCUUGUGAGCUUACAUGAAUGGUUUGUUGUAUCCAAGAGGUCCAGAGGGAGGCAGAACAGAACCAACUGGGCUGCAACAACUUUCUGACAACGUUGCAUAUCCAGUUAUACAGCAACAGUUAAGCACAUGCCAUUCUAUUUCAAUUAGUAUAAAAUGGAAAGGCAAACUCAUUUUAAGCACCGUUCCACAACCCUCUAGGAACGAUUCAAACCCUUGUCUGUCCCCUGAUAUAUACACCAUGCUGCUUACAGUAUGUCACACUGCCUGCUGUCUGCCUACAGGUUGCUUUUCCAUGCAACACUGUGUCCUUACAAUGCCAGGCUGCAUGAGAUGAUCUCCAUAGCCACACAUCACUUUACAGAACUGUCAAAUUACAAAACAAAUUACAAAUGCAGUAGGUGGUACAAUAAAAUGGUUGGCCGUUUCCCUCAGAAGACAAACAGUCCAGAGAACUGUCACAUUCAGUGCAUGUCAUGGAGAACAACAUAAUCUGUACUGUACUUAUUAUUCAUGCAUUCACUUCAGCCAUUCAGGCUUGAAAACCAAAGCACAACUACAGUAUACUAUAAUACACUGAGUGUACAAAAAAUUAGGAACACCUUCCUAAUAUUGAGUUGCCCACCCUUUUGUUCUCAGAACAGCCUCAAUUCGUUGGGGCAUAAACUCUACAAGGUUUUAAAAGUGUUCCACAGGGAUGCUGGCCAAUGUUGACUCCAAUGCUUCCCACAGUUGUGUUAAGUUGGCUGAUAGUGGAUCUCUACUCCGAAGAGAAAAAAUCCACUCGCAGAUGGAUACCCUGCUGUCAUGAAGGGAUGCACCGGAUUGGCAAUGAUGUUCAGAUAUCCUGUGGCAUUCAAAAGUCACUCCAGUUUUAUCAAGGGACCCAAUGUGUGCCAUGAAAACAUGACUAACUGUAGCCUGUCUGUUGCUGCUCUACACAAUUUGUGUCAGCCUCCUCUGUCCUCUUUCAUCAAUGACCCUGUUUCAACCACUGGCCUGCCGAUGGCUGGAUGUCCUUUGGGUGGUGGACCAUUCUUGAUACACAGAGAGAAACUGUUGAGCGUGAAAAACCCAGCAGUGUUGCAGUUCUUGACACACUCAAACUGGUGCUCCCGGCACCUACUACCGUACCAGGUUCAAAGGUACUUAAAUAUUUUCCCUUGCCCAUUCACUGUCUGAAUGGCACACAUACACAAUCCAUGUCUCAGUUGUCUUAAGGCUUAAAAAAAUCAUUAUUUAACCUAUCUCUUCCCCUUCAUUGACACUGAUUGAAGUAGAUUUAACAGGUGACAUCAAUAAGGGAUCCUAGCUUUCACCUUGAUUCACCUGGUCAGUUUAUGUCAUGGAAAGAGCAGUGUUUUGUACACUCACUGGAUAUGGCAGCAGAUUGCAGACAGGUGGAAUCCAUAAUGCAUCAAGCCCAUUAAUCUUACCAUUGUGCUAAAGGGCCAAGAAGAUACUUGUUAGUAGGGUCACAAGUAGUGGGCUAAGCCAUAGUCAUUACGCUAUACAAAUCAAUUCUCCUGAUCAUUCUCCUGUAGCUACAGUAUGCUCUGAGGCUUGAGGCAGCCAGAUUGAUAGUCAUGUAAGAAGAAUAUCAUGGGAUGUCUGUCCUGGGGGUAUACACUAUACACAUACUGUAUGCUCACCUUCUUAUGGAAUGUUCCGAAUAUCAUAUACACAGAGGUAUGGGGGGGUUGUUCCAUCCCACCCAAAAUCGGUAUGUUCAUGAGACCUCUCCCCCAACGUGAGCAAGACAAAAGAGCUGAUCGUGGACUACAGGAAAAGGAGGGGCGAACACACCCCCAUUCACAUUGACGGGGCUGUAGUGGAACGGGUCGAGAGUUUCAAGUUCCUUGGUGUCCACAUCACCAACAAACUAUCAUGGUCCAAACACACCAAGACAGUUGUGAAGAGGGCACAACUAAAUGUUUUCCCCCUCAGGAGACUGAAAAGAUUUGGCAUGGGUCCCAAGAUCCUCAAAAAGUUCUACAGCUGCACCAUCGAGAGCAUCCUGACCAGUUGCAUCACCGCCUGGUAUGGAAACUGCUCGGCAUCCGACCGUAAGGCGCUACAGAGGGUAAUGCGAACGGGCCAGUACAUCACUGGGGCAAAGUUUCCUGCCAUCCAGGACCUAUAUACUAGGCGCUGUCAGAGGAAGGCCCUUAAAAUUGUCAAAGACUCCAGUCACCCAAGUCAUAGACUGUUCUCUCUGCUACCGCACGGCAAGCGGUACCAGAGUGCCAAGUCUAGGUCCAAAUGGCUCCUUAACAGCUUCUACCCCCAAGCUAUAAGACUGCUGAACAAUUAAUCAAAUGGCCACCUGGACUAUUAACAUUGACCCCCCCCUUUGUUUUUACACUGCUGCUACUCGCUGUUUACUAUUUAUGCAUUGUCACUUUACCCCUAUCUACAUGUACAAAUUACCUCGACUAACCUGUACCCCCGCACAUUGACUCGGUACCGGUACCCCCUGUCUAUAGCCCCGUUAUUGUUAUUUUGUGUUACUUUUUAUUCGAUUUUUUACUUUAGUUUAUUUAGUAUAUAUUUUCUUAACUCUGUUUCUUGAACUGCAUUGUUGGUUAAGGGCUUGUAAGUAAGCAUUUCACGGUAAGGUCUACACCUGCAUUCGGCGCAUGUAACACAGGAAAUUAGAUUUGAUGUGAUGCCUUGAACCUUGUGGGGGAAAACAGACAUUUGCCAAAUUAUACAAAAAAAGACAAUUAUGCAUAAUUGUUUUUACCCACUUCAAGUAACAGACGUUGUUUAUGGAGCAGGGUAGCAAGAUAAAGCAAGAUAGCAAGGUAUGGAAAUGAAUUUAGAAUCAAUACACAAUGUACGUCUGUAAAGCAUUGGAAUGAUUGUAAUGUUCAGUGUACAGUAUUUGCUGUUUACUGUUGUUCGGAAUUCACAGGGUUAUAAAGUAACAGGGUUGACAGUAACAGGGUUGACAAUAACAGGGUUGAUGAGUUCAUCUUAAAAUCAGCCACAAAUCCCCUUGUGACAGGGGGAAUGGAAGCUUGUUCUGUGUGUUCAACAGGGAGUGGCAACUGAAUGCAAGCAAACAAUUAAAUAAAAACAUUUGUUUAAACAUU